AUGGUACAGCUGCAGGGAGUCGCGGAGACCAAAGACCCCAAGAGUCAGGCGACAGCUCCGUACAGAGGGAGGAAGAGGGGAGAUGCAAGCGCGGUGGGCUGCAAAGAGAAACGAACAAGGCGAGCCAGAGAGGGGCGCUGGAGCAGAGCGCGGCGGUCAGGAAAUCGCCGAGAGAGACAAAGAAAACACAAGGAGACUGUUGAAAGCCGGAGGCGAAGCAAAGAGCGGACGGCGGGAGAGGGAAAGAAGUUGAAGAAAAGAAAGGAAAGUUUUUACACCGAAAGAGGCGAAGACGCGCGAGACAAGAGCUGCUCAGAGCUGCACCUGGCCGGUGACCUCGCGGCGAGGCGCGGGCGAGUAUCGAGACCGAGAAAAAACGCUAACGAGACGAAAACUGUCGCCCUUAAGGCAGGCUUUCUUCUGCCAAAGAUCGCGUGGCGCCGGAGCGGAAAAAUUCCAGUUUUACACGAGCUGCCCACGACAAGGUUGGAAGACCGCGGCGACGAAGACAAGGUGCUGCCGAGAGAAAAAGAAGCGGCGCGAGCGAGAAGGAGAAACGAAGUGGAGAGGCGAUGUGUGACGCGUCUUCGCCAGCCAAGAAGCGAAAACGAUUGGGACGACGGCUGCAGACAACAGCUUCGCUCGAAGACCGGGCAGUUUGCGAGGACAAGAAGGCACGCUGGCGGCGGUGCCUACGACAUUUUUACGCAGAAAAGAGAGGAGUCCUCAUCCUUUUGA